UGUUUCAAUUAGACUGAUUGCUGUAACAGCAGUUUUCUAAAAAUUGCAGUGAUGGUGGCUUCAAGGCAUGCGGUGUGAGCAAGGACAACUCUUGUUCCCCAUCCAGACCUCAGGCUGUCUCCAAACGCCGUGCCUGCUCAGAGCAGAGCUAGUUUAGCCCCACCCUCUGAGCAGUCCAGCCUUUAUUUAUAUGAAAUCUGUGGUCCAACUGGCUUCAGAUGGCGUGUGUAUGUGCGUGUGCCUGCCUUCUGAGUGUGCGAGACGAGCUGGGAUCAUGAGCCAGGGUUGUUCCAAGUGGUUUUAAUCAGCAGCCCAUUAGAGGAGAAUGGAAAACUUCUAACAGGAUAAGAACCGAGUUGCUCCUGUAACCCCAUGGGAGGUUACUUCCCAAAUCUUUGCUCCUCUGGAACUCGUGACUUCUUGCCAGGCACCAGGAAAGUGUUCAGCAGCAGAAAUGGGGAAAAGUCUCUCUAAUUUUGGGUAAAGCGUGCCUUGGACUGUUUUAGCCUGGCAAGACGUGGCUCCUUGGACUGCACCUGCAAUGUGGCGAAGGGCGAAGUGAGGACGGCAAAGAGGCCAUGGUUUGUGGGCAAGUCCCCAGGUGCCGCAGGCUUUGUCGCCCUCGUCCCUUCCUUCUGGCCUUAGUGGUGGCCAUCUGUCUGUUCUGCCAGACCCUGACUCCUCUCAUGACCAGCAGCAUCCUUUCGGCAGUGGUUAAUGGGGUUGCACCCAACAAACUGACUAAAACACAGCAAGGAAGAUACAAGGUCUCCCCAAGCAACACUCACUGCUUCCUCCCUGGCAUUAAUUCACAGACAGUGAAAAAGAUUGAUGACUCCAUUCUCCAGUACUUUGGAAGCCAUACGAGAAGAGCAGUUGUAUAUGCACCUCCUGCCCACCGUGAAAGCGACCGUCAGCUCUGUCAGCGGAUCCUGACAAAACAUGGAUAUACAGUCACAGUCCUUGAAAACAGGAGGCUGAUGGAAGAUCCCAGGCAUGAGGGCCCUUAUCACAGUGGUAUAAGCCCUUGGGAUCUUUUGAUCUGCUUAUCUUCGAGAAAAAAUGAUGGUACUGACUGCAUUCAAAUAGAAGACUUGCAUCAUCUAGAGUUAUUCCAGAAGGUAAACCUACUCCCAGAAGUCCAGCACUUCCUUUGCAGAAAAGAGGGAUUAUGCCAGAUAAAAAAAGCCUUUUCAGACUUGCAGCUCCCAGUUGUCACCCCAGAGUGCUCUGACCAGCCUGGGCUGCCAAAGGCCAACACCGCAAGCAACAUAUCCCAGGGCAGUGAAAGCACCGAUGAGACGCAUGCUGCCCACCUGCCCUACUGGUGGAAGCAGAGCAGGAGCGCACAGCUGAAUCAAGUAUCAGCUUCACCAAACCACAAGGACAUCCUUAAAGCUCAAGACAUUUCUGUCAUCAUCAAAGCCUAUGUGCUUGUGACAUCCUUAACACCUCUGCGGGCAUUCAUUCAUUCAACCACCACUGUCUGGCAUCCGCCCAAGAAGAAGCACUUUUCCAUAAAGCUACAAAGGUUUUUUGAGAUAUUCUUCAAAAGCAGUUCUCCUCAACAAGCCUUCAACAACAUGAAGGAAGCUAUAAGCAAACUUCUACUUAUAACUGAGGUCUUCAGUGAAUCAUCUGCCUCAGGACCAAAUUCUUUCAAUCAAUGCAGCCAAUGUUUUCAGAUGCUAACCUUUGACAUUGGAUUUGGCACCUCCAUAUACCCAGUAGUUCUUGAGGUGCACGAAAACUUCGACUUUCAAGAUGAUGAAUCAAAUACUCAGGACCAAACUUUCAAAGAAUUUCUUUUUGAAGAUACCUUUAAAUUUCUCUUAUCUAAUGAAUCCUCAACAUUCAGUUUCAUAGAAGCUUUACAAAAAAUAUAUGGAUCAACUGUGAGCAAGGAUGGAACUUACCACAGAGAAGAUGAGCAAUGUUUGUCUUUAGAAGAGAUAAAUUCAAUGAUUACUUUCAUAAAGGAGCUGAAGAGUCUUGGACAAUUUGAGCUGCUUUUCCCUUCUGCUGCACCCAAGAUUCAAACUUUCCUGCGUGACCUUUAUCACAUGGUAGACCCAAUGAGGCGGCUUGGUUCAGUCCUGACUGUGCAUUGGUUGCUUUCCAGUUUACUUGAACAAUUCCAGUUCAUGACUAAAGAGGCAAAUACAAAUCUUUCAGAAUGGAAUUCUCAAGAAAAUGCGAGUCCUAAGAAGAAUGUUCCUUCCGACUUUAGGAAGAAUCAUAAAGCAUUGCAUUAUUCCAGUCAGACUAAAGAAAGACAAUGCAGUUAUGAUAAAGAUACCCUAUCUCAUAUCAGGCAGAUCUUCACCAGUCCACAGCUGGACUUGAAUCCUCAGUUUAACCCAAAGAUCAAAGAAUACUAUGCAGAAGUCCCAUUCGACAUGGUGACAGUGAAGAUAGGAGCAGAACCCUCUAACUGUCAAUGCCAAGUACACCUUGAUGAGAAGAAAGGGCCAAGCAUUGCUAACUACCCCCUUGGCCUUGGAUUGAACAAAGUCAUUGUUCUCGUAACCGAUGAUUCGCAGCCCAGCCCUCAGGUUGUGAGCAGCUACAAAAUCACAAUUUAUCGAGAGGAUCGCCCUAGUCUGCCUUUGUUUGAUGACUAUAUGAUGUGUGGGUUUGUGCAGGACUGUGGAUCUCGAAUUCGUCCAGAGGAGUCCUGUGGCUUGCAGCCUCUAUCUCAUGAAUACCUCUUAGCAAUUUCAGAGACGAUGUUUAAGACCUGUGAAGCUGGGGACACAAAAGGGCAGUGGAUCGUCCCUUGCCUCAGCUGCUCUGACAACAGGACCUGUGACUGGAGAGAAAUAACGUGGCAGCCCCAUGGCUGCCAGUACUCGGUGCUCGCCAAGCCUGAGCUCCAGCGAUGUAUGGAGGGCAGAAAGAUUCUUUUUAUAGGUGACUCAACUAACAGAGGGAUGAUGUACUAUCUAAUAGAAAGAGUGAAUAAGACACUUCAGGAAUGGCAAAAGACUCAUGAUGUUAAAUGUUAUCAUAAUAUCAAUGAGGGGAAAACAUUUAUCAGUUACUCCUACUACCCCCAGUUUUGGAUGAAUGCAAACCAGAGACCGACUUUUGAAAAAGCACUAGAACAACUGCUGCAGAGAUCACGUCCCCUGGAGAACACAGACCAGACUGUAUUAAUUGUAGGUGGCGUUCAGUGGCUUAAUUCCAAUCACCUGCAAAUUAUCCAAAAGGUGUUGAACAGGGAAAAUCUGUCAAAUAUCCUGGUAAUUAUUAAAUCCAUAGGGAUGGGCUUUCACCUCCCAGUGGAUGGAAUACAUUCUCUAUCACAGGCAGAAGUGCAAAACUUGUGGAAUGAAAACUUGAUUAUUCUGGAUACAGCAAAAAAUUUUGGCUAUGAAGUUGUUGACACCUUUGUCAUCACCAUGGGACGUUACAAAGAAUUCCUGCAAGGAAAAUGUGGCUGCCAUUUCCACGAGGUGGUGAAAUCCAAUCCCUCUGAAAAAAGUCCACACAUAACAAUGACGUUAUCAAGGCACUACACGCUGGAGAAAUAUUUCCGUAGUCAAAGCAAGCCAUCACAACUGCAGGACUAUGCAGCAAAUUCUCAGUCCCCGUAUCAUGUCCGAGGUCCAAUAAAUCAAGUUUAUUCUGAAAUCCUUCUCAGCAGGCUCUGUGCAAGUAAGAGGGAGCUUGUCAGCACAUAGCCUCUCUUGGAUAUAGUGCCUAUAGGAUAUAGGAUAUAGGACUAGAGGUGUGCCACUACCUGAGUGGCAGUUGAAGGACCAUGGUGGAUUUAUGACGUUUCCUUGAUUGGCUGCACACACACCAACAGAAUUUGGGACUUGUGGCAGUUUUCCUAAAACUUUGUGAAAUCAAGAUAUGCCCUGGCAACUCUGUGGUGUCAAAGUGGAAGAUGGAAGGUUGCAAAGCAGAGAAGAGGGGAAGUUACUUGAACUGUUGCCAAAGGCUAGAACAGCUGUAGCUCAAGCAACUGUGUAUUAAUGAUAGUAAAGAGAGAUAUAUACACUAGAACGCUUUGGAAUGGACUGUUUUAGCUCUUCAGCAUUAUCUAAUUUUCUAUUUAUAGAGACACUGUAAUAUUUGAAUGUAUUUAGAAACUGGCUACAUUCCAUCUUAAAGAGUUUUAUUUUAUGUCGAUGGGUUCCCCUUCAAUAUCAAACAAAUUCUGUUUAGACACUUGGUCUAUACAAUUUGAAAAUGUCUAUUAGCAUUUUGCUGAUGAUGCCAAGUUUUAAACUCUAGUUUUUAGUGAAAACACACCCCUUCUUUGUAUCUUAGAUGAAACAGAUGUCUAUUCUAUUUUUUGUAUGUUCUAAAGCUAAUGUAGAGAUAGAUUGCUUAGACUUGAGACUGAUUAUAACUGUCUUGAUGUAACAUGUAAAUAUCGUGAAUGUGUUAACAUAACCUUAUUUAUGGCCCCAGUUUAGCAGAGUGGCCAUAUGCAGGAAGACUGCUUAGAUAUGUGCUUCAGUGUCUGCCUUGGCCUGUAAGCCAAGCAAGUAUUGUCCCUGCAUGGAAGUGCCAUUUAUUUUAUGAUUUUUUGUAAAAUAUUUGCCAAUGUGUGAAGCCAGUGACACAAACAAAAGAAAAACCCCCUUUGCAAGCACACAUCAUAACAUUGGGAUCUGGUUUUUAAUGUCAUAAGCAGUGUGUGGUGUGAUGGCAGCAGAAUAUACUGCCUGCGUCUCAUGCUUAGCAGGGACAAGACCUUCUCUGAAUGCCAGUUUCAUGCUGUAGCCCAGCUACAUCACUGAUGUUUGCAGAUGUACUCCAGGUGAAACUCCAGGGAGAGGCUUUACCACCACAGCGGGGAACUGUCGCUGAUCCCCGGGCACAGCUGUGACAGCACACUCAUUCACAGUUGUGGUACCCUGAUGGGAAACCAAGCAUGGUCCAGGCUUAGCAGCUGGGUGAUGGGUAAGACUGUUCUCCCUACAGAUUAUCUAGUUAGGAAUUUUUAUUAAUCCAGUCACGGAGCAGGCAAUCCAGGCACCACUCUCUCCCACCAUGCACCAGAAAAGGGAGUCAGAACCAGGUAAGUACCAGCCUAAAGAAGGAUCCCACAAGCUCUGUGGCAUGCUUCCCCCUUCACAAUUUUACAUAUAAUCCUCCACCAGCUUCUACUGCCUUUGGGAAAGGAAGCCACAGGCAAUGUCUGGGAAUAAACAAAUUAUAGCACAGAACUAAUCAGCAUCCUAUUUGCCUUAGUAGUACACAGAGUGGCUGCCCUAAUAGAAUUAGGGCUAGAAAUUCAUGACAUCACUUUUAGGUUUUGCCAGAGAUCCUUAACUUCAACACAAUAGUCUUUAUUCCUAGCUAAAGUUUUGUCAAUUCUUGCUCCUUCAGAUGACAUAUGUAGAGAUAUGAUGGGAAAUUGUCAUGCAGUAUGGUGUUUGGCUUCUCUAGAUGACAGAAGGAUCCUCAAAAAGAGGAUCUAGCAUAUCCAGUUUAGGAGACCUUCCACUAUAUUGGAAAAACUCCUAAUUUAGACAAUGAUAUUACAUUUAGUGAGACAUUGUUAUUAUCUCUGUUUCUGUAUAAUAUGCUGCUGCUGUGCUUAUAGUAAAUGUCCCUGAAUGUCCAUGUAGGGUUUUCCCUGGUGUGGAACUUUACAUGAAAGAUGGGUCAGGAGCUGUGCAUAAAUACUGAAAAUGUCAGCAUCUGGGUUUGAGCUAUAUGAUUAUCUAAGGAAUAUAAUUGUAUGCAAAUAAUAUAAUAUAUAAAAUUGGGUCUGGAACUCCAGGGCUGCACAACCUUAAAGCUGAAGGAUUUAAUAUCAUGUCAUUAAUAUUAGUAGAUGCAUAACGGAGCCAGAUGUCUUUGGUAUUAAGAUGAUCAAUGAUGGGUGUAUUGCAAUUCUGCUUCUGUUAAGGCAUUUUUUUUUUUGUAACUCAUUUAAAUCCACAUACUCCUACUCUUACUGUUCUGUACACAAAAGUUUCUAAGGUAUGAACUGGGUUAUUAUGUUUGGUUGUUUUUUUUAAUCAAAGCCUAUUGCUGAAGCAUCAGCUAUCAUGAUGAAAAGGAAAGAGAUGACUUUGUUAUAUUGUAGCUGAUAUCAAUGAAUGUGCAAUUCAUCACUUCUGAUUUCACCACAAAAUGGUUUACAUGUGCUGUACACCCAGAUGUCUUAAUGUUUUCCAAAUCUUAAUAAUUUUCAAAUGUAUCAAGUAGAAAUUCUCCUGUGUGUUUCUUAGUUUUUACAUGUCUAUGUACAUAUAUCUGUCUGUACAGUCACCGGGAGAAUUUCCAAAUUGAUCUUUAUUUAAAUGAGUUCUUUGAAUAAGUUUCUUCAAACACUAUAUAUGAUCCAUGUAAUCUUUGGAAUAAACAAAGGGAAUGCAGACUAAAACAGGUACCAAAGUACAUUCUGCAUUAUUUAACUUUAAAAUAUACCUAGCAUCUCUAGGUAUGUGAAAGGAGAGAGCUGAGAUUUACAUGGAACCAUCACUUGCUUAUACACAUUAAAAUUUAUGGAUUAAGACAAUAAAAGAAUUACCAUGAUUGAAUUCCAGUGAGG